AGUAGAUUAAGAUUUAACAAAUUCAGUAAAUGGAAUAAGAGAUAGUCUUGUAAAAUUAGAUAAAAUAUUACAAUAAGAUAAAACAAAUAACGAUAAUUUAAUAUUAGAAAGUAAUUAAAAUUAAUCAUAAUUAGAUAAUAAAUUUAAACAAGCAAUAUAAAUAGAAAUAUAAACAAAUAAUGAUAACGAAAAUAAAUUUAAUUUGAAAUUUCAAGAAUAUUUUUAGAACAUUAGAAAUGAUAUUUUAAAGGAAAAUUAAUAAAGAAAUUAUUAUGUAGAUAGUCUUUUCUAAUCCCUUUAAAUUGAUUUACCUUAAAUUGAAGAAGCAAUUAAAAAAGCUUAAAUAUAAAGAUAAAAGGGAGAUGAAAAUAUUAUGGAAAUUACAACUGAAGAGUUAAAUAAUUUAAAUGAAACUAUUGUUAAUGAAAGAAUUCUUAAAGAAGAAUCAGAAGCAGCUAUUUUUGAUAUGCUUAAGGAUGUCGUUAAUAGAGUUAAAAUAGAAUUAGAAAGUGAAAAGAAAAACAGAGAAAAUACUGAAGAGCAUAUUUUAAAUUUAUUAGAAGAAAUAUAAAUUUUAGAAAUUAGAUAUUUAAUAUUUAAACUUAAGAAGAAAUAAAAAAUUUACAUUGCAAGAAGAUUUAAGUGA